ACAACAAUCAUGUCGCUCUCCAACAAACUCAGCAUCAGUGACGUCGACGUCAAGGACAAGCGCGUCCUCAUCCGAGUCGACUUCAAUGUCCCACUCGACAAGGAGACCAACACCAAGAUCACCAAUAACCAGAGAAUCGUUGGUGCUCUGCCUACGAUCAAGUAUGCCAUCGACAAUGGUGCCAAAGCCGUCAUUCUCAUGUCCCAUCUCGGCCGACCAGACGGAAAGGUUAACCCGAAGUACUCUUUGAAGCCUGUCGCUGCUGAGCUCGAAAAGCUCCUUAGCACCAAGGUGACUUUCGUCGAGGAUUCUGUCGGCCCCGAGGUUGAGAAGGUUGUCAACGCGACCACUGGUGGUGGCGUCGUUCUCCUCGAGAACUUGCGUUUCCACAUUGAGGAGGAGGGCUCUUCAAAGGACAAGGAUGGCAACAAGACCAAGGCCGACAAGGGCGAUGUCGAGAAGUUCCGCCAGGGCCUGACUGCUCUAGGUGACGUCUACAUCAACGACGCUUUCGGUACCGCCCACCGCGCUCACAGCUCCAUGGUUGGUGUCGAUCUCCCCCAGAAGGCUUCCGGAUUCCUCGUCAAGAAGGAGCUCGAAUACUUUGCCAAGGCCCUUGAGGACCCCAAGCGACCAUUCCUCGCCAUCCUUGGUGGUGCCAAGGUCUCCGACAAAAUUCAGCUCAUCGAGAACAUGUUGGACAAGGUCAAUGCGCUCAUCAUUUGCGGUGGCAUGGCUUUCACUUUCAAGAAGACCCUCGACAACAUGGCUAUCGGUAACUCCCUUUUCGACGAAGCCGGCUCAAAGAAGGUCAAGGACCUCGUCGAGAAGGCAAAGAAGAACAACGUCACCAUCACACUUCCUGUCGACUACGUUACUGCAGAUAAAUUCGCCGCUGAUGCCCAAGUCGGCUAUGCUGAAGACAAGGACGGAAUUCCGGACGGAUGGAUGGGACUUGAUGUUGGCGAGAAGUCGAUUGAGUUGUUCAAGAAGGCCAUUGAUGAUGCCCAGACUAUCCUGUGGAACGGUCCUCCAGGUGUGUUUGAGAUGAAGGCUUUCGAGAAGGGUACUCGGGGGACUAUGGACGCCGCGAUUGCUGGCGCACAGAGCGGCAAGAUCGUCAUCAUUGGUGGUGGUGACACUGCCACAGUUGCGGCACAAUACGGUGUUGAGGACAAGCUCAGCCACGUCUCCACUGGCGGUGGUGCGAGCUUGGAGUUGCUCGAGGGCAAGGACUUGCCUGGUGUCUCGGCGCUUUCAAGCAAAUAAAUAAUCGUUUGGUGAUAGCCGUGUGAAAUGCUCGCAUGGAGAACAACUGCAGAAAGGACUAGUAGCAAAUUUGCAUGAGAUAAAGCUCCUAUGCCAUCCGCAUUGCUCCGCUUCUCUUCGGGCUCGCUGCAUGCGCAAUCGAUCCAUGGAUCGCAAGCAGCUCCACAUCGACGCUUCAAUCAUAGGCACUUCUGGAGCAGUGCAACAUCUGUUCGGCGUUGGUGGCGCAGCGCUUUACUUUUCAUAAGUGAUCGCGCAAGAUCGUACCAAUAUCAUAUUCGUAAUUGUCAUUGAAGCAUGGCCGAUUCGUCUGAUCAUCG